CGCUCACCUGGAUCCAGAGCGACGCGACCGCAAGGAGCUACCUCGACGUCGCUCUAUGGGAAGGGGAACGUGCUGCAGUCAUCGAAACCGAAUCCACUAUUGUCUGUAUCCAACCCUUCAACAUCCUUUCGUCGACGAAACGAGAAGACGAUUGCACCGCCUCCUGGAGGAACAUUUUCUGCAGCAUCUACCAAGAAAACGAAUUACUAUCCCUCCUCUUCUGGUUCUCGUUCUGCCUCCACAUCGAAUUCUCGGAAUCCUGAUUCGCAAUCGGGAGGUUUUUUAACGAUCAGAGAUAGAACCGAUAUUACGGUAUUAACACCAGGUCGCGCUGGUUCGUCUGUACUAGCUGCUAGGGCGACACCAGGUCGCGCUGGUUCGUCUGUAGAUGCUAGUGCGAAGACUGUGAGCAACAAGCUGUCCUCCUCUUCAACGGCAACAAAGAACAAGAGGAGCAAACGUGAUCAGGCUAGAAAGGCCUCAACGUCUGUACAUGAAACGCAAAAGAUCUUCGUCACUGGCGGUUCAGUUCGGCUGUCCUCCUGGUACUACCUAGCCCCAGACGGACUGUACUUCGGGCCAUGCAGGACCACUGAAUUGGAGCAUUGGCUUCGCAAAGGUCGCAUUCCUCACUCGACACCGAUAUCUGGGUUCCCAAAUGGUCCCUUUUUUCCUGCUGUCCACUACUGGGACGCAACAAAUGGAAACCUCAGUCGCACUCUGUACCUAGACGACUGGUUUUGCAGGUGGAACGAUGGCGGUACCUCAGGCGAAGGAGCUGCAGGAGCAGCACCCUCUAGUAGCGCUCCAUCCCGUUUCGAAGAGCAAGGCCCGUUUGCAUUAGAGGAGAUGCGCGAACUGUGGUUGACUGAGCAGCUACAUCAGGGAUCGAUGGUAAGACUACGAGCUUUGAGCAGAGGUGACUACUGUCUACGAGAUGUCUUUCCACAAUGGGACAAGGUUUUCGUUAUCGUGGAGGAGAAAGGUAGGGAUAUCGAGAUUUUUCAUGAAGAUGAAGGUGAAGCCAAGCCUAAGAAGGUCCUCAGAAAAGACCGGCACGUUGAGCACAACAAGGAUCAGGAGAAGCAGACGAAACAAGAAGACAUGAUCAUCAACAAGACACCAUUUUAUUCAGCAAAAUCAAAAGUAGAAUCAAC